GGCGAGUACCCCCAAUAUAUUAUGCAUCUCACCGAACAGGCCACCACCCCAAGCGUAUCGUCACGUCUUGUUGCGCCUCGCAGUGACACACUUAAGUUGCGUGCGAGGCUUUAAAAACCCAGAAUUCGGUCGCUACGCAUCCAGUGCCAUAGAAAUAAUUCCGCAGCAAAGUGCCCAGUGCUCGCAGUUGCCGCGGAAGGAAGCGCCACAAAGCCCCACAUACAGGAUUAGCAGUGGUCCCCCCUACAACAUUUGGACAGUCUACUCUCACUCUCAUUAUAUCCCCAUAUCCAUGGCCAAUCAGAUGCACAAGAGUGGUGCCCUGGUCCUGGUCCUCAAUCUGUUGCUGCUGACGCAGUCGGAGACGGAGGCCAAGCUGCUGACACGCUGCCAGCUGGCCAAAGAGCUGUUGCGCCACGACUUUCCGAGGAGCUAUCUGUCCAAUUGGGUUUGCCUUGUGGAGUCAGAGAGCGGACGCAGCACGUCCAAGUCCAUGCAGCUGCCCAACCAGAGCGUCAGCUAUGGACUCUUUCAGAUCAACAGCAAAAACUGGUGUCGCAAAGGUCGUCGCGGUGGCAUCUGCAACAUCAAAUGCGAAGGUGAGUCGUCCGCCCACGCGCGCCCAGACGUUGAGAGUAUGAGAGAGAUUUGUAUUACAGAGUUCCUGAACGAUGAGAUCUCAGAUGAUUCACGCUGUGCCAUGCAGAUCUUCAAUCGCCACGGCUUCCAGGCCUGGCCCGGUUGGAUGAGCAAAUGUCGUGGGCGCACGUUGCCCGACGUCUCCCGCUGCUAGGACGGGCUGCCCCCAGACUUGCCCACAAUUUCCCCGAUCUGCUCUCUAGCCUUAAACGUACUCUACUAUUACUCUAGCGACUAAUUAAUAAACAGCUUAAGCCAUGAUGCCCG